AACAACCAACGGAAAACCUGUUGCAUAUAAAGAAUCUUUAAAUAUAAUUUUUAUUCUUCUCUCCAAUUGAAUGAAAUGCUGAGGAAGUUCUUUAAGUCUUCAAAUUGAUUUUUCUACGAUUCAAAAGAUGUGUAUUUUUAACGUUUCUUGUGAUAUUUAUGCUUAUCAUAAGCUUGGCAAUUUAACCCACACAUUUCCCCAAACCCUUUGAUAUACGCAACAGGGUCAAUGGGGUCGUCAUAGGAACAAAAUUUCUAUAAACAAAUAAAUUGAAUUCUUUUCACGUGCAAAAAUGGACAUUUUCUUCGAAGCUGUGUCCCUCUAUCGAAAACGAAAGUACGAUGAGUGCAUUGAGGUGUGCAAUACAAUGUUAAAAAACAAUGGUGAUCAGCGACUUCAGAGAGUUUGGGAGCUGAAGAUGCGUGCCCUAACACAGAGAGUCUAUGUGGAUGAUAUUGAAGCUGAUGAUGGGAUUGAUGAAAAUGAUGAUUUGGACACUUCUCGACUAGCCACAGCCCCGCGACCAGGUACAACGAUGAGAACCUCAUCAGGAUUAACAACACCCGGAGCUGCCAAGGUGGGAAAUCGUCCAACAACAUCCGCCGGAAGACCCCUAACCGGCAUGGCACGUCCUGGCACAAUGGGACAAACUCGUCCGGGAUCCUCAAUGGUCAGUCGAACUGCACCACGCACGGGAUCUCGUUCGGGAACUGCCAGGAACAUUCGCUUGGGGUCCGCUUCGAUAUUCACGUUGCAUGACCCAGCUGGACCUCUUGUGGAUGUAGCUCGUCUCAAUCCUGCUGUUUUUGCUGCAAAAAAGACUGUAGCUCAUAUUUUAUUUAGCUACUUGUACUAUCACGAAGGGGAUGUGCGGAAGGCAUUAGAAUUAUGUGAUGCAGCCACAAGUGCAAGAAGUAAUCAAGGUGAUUGGUGGUGGAAUAUGCAAAAGGGACGAUGUUUAAUUACUUUAGGCAAUCCCAGGAAGGCUGAACAGUUCCUCCGUGCAGCUCUUUCACAGUGUGCCCAUCCGGAUGUAGUACUCCUCCUGGCACGGAUAUACGUGAAGAUUGAUCAACCCCUUGCAGCCCUGGAGGUGUGCCGGUCAGCUCUGGAUCGACUUCCAGGUGAUGUGAGCCUCCUCACGCAGCAAGCUCGCAUCCUGGAGCUUGUUGGGAAUCUCCCAGCAUCCGUUCGAAUGUACCGUCUUGUUGCACAAUUUGAUGCCACAAGCAGUGAAGCUCUCGCAUGCAUUGCUGUGCAUCACUUCUAUGGGAAUCAACCGGAAAUGGCACUCCUACACUACCGCCGUAUCCUCUCAAUGGGUGUCAAUAGUGCAGAAUUGCAUUGCAAUUUAGCCCUUUGCUGCCUCUACGGUGGGCAGUUGGAUCUCGUGAUGCCGUGCUUUCAGCGUGCCUUCCGCCUGGCCACGAGCACGGAACAACGUGCAGAUAUUUGGUACAAUUGCAGCUUUGCAGCACUCACGAGUGGUGACUUCAAUCUCGCCCGGAGGUGCCUCAGACUGUGCAUCAGCUGUGACGGGUCGCACGGCGCCGCCCUCAAUAAUCUGGCUGUUUUGGCAGCGAAAGCCGGUCAGAGAUCCAAAGCGAGAUCAUACCUGGCAGCAGCCAAGAGUGCUCUGCCCGAUAGCCCGGAGAUUCACCACAACCUUGAGCACAUCGAUAGCGCCAAAUGAAAUAUCACCGUGAGAUCGACGGUGCAAGUGAAAGCCAAAGUUAUGUGGUGUAACCCCAAGACCUAAUCGGCACAUCAAUAUACAUAUGCCUCUCUGCAAUAAAUGAUAAGCUCCCCCAUAAAGCAUCUCAUUUAUAUCAAGAAACACUGCAAGUUGUU